AUGGCAAACCCUCCGCCCCUGUCUCAAGCCGUGGGCUAUGGCGUUGUGCUUGGCCUUGGAUUCCUCUUUGCCUUUGGUAUGAUAUUGACGACCUAUGUCCUGAAAAGGUACAAUUAUGAAGUACAAACCUCGGAAAUGUUCUCUACUGCUGGACGUACUGUCAAGUCAGGGCUCGUAGCCAGCGCGGUCGUCUCCAGCUGGACAUGGGCGGCUACUCUCCUUCAGUCUUCCGGUGUGGCAUACAGAUAUGGCGUAUCUGGACCUUUUUGGUAUGCUUCGGGAGCAACAGUCCAAAUAUUGCUGUUCGCAACCCUUGCGAUUGAGAUGAAAAGACGAGCACCGAAUGCUCACACUUUCCUGGAAGUCAUUCGUGCCAGGUAUGGCGUCUACGGCCAUUUGGUAUUCACUGUCUUUGGAUUAAUGACCAACAUUCUCGUCACCGCUAUGCUGCUAACAGGCGGCUCAGCCGUUGUGACUUCGCUGACUGGGAUGCCCACGGCCGCUGCUUGCUUCUUAUUACCUGUCGGUGUCGUUAUGUAUACGAUCGCUGGUGGCAUAAAAGCUACAUUUCUGACGGAUUACGUGCAUACACUCAUGAUCUUGAUCAUCAUCUUCAUAUUUGCUUUCACGGCGUACGCGAACAACGCAGAUCUCGGCAGCCCUGGAAAAGUCUAUGAUAUAUUGGUGCAAGUAGCGAAAGACCACCCAGUCGCAGGCAACGCACAGGGCAGCUACUUGACCAUGAGGUCCAAAGAGGGCGCUAUCUUCUUCGUCAUCAACAUUGUAGGAAAUUUUGGCACCGUCUUCCUUGACAAUGGCUACUGGAAUAAGGCAAUCUCGGCCAGUCCUGUCCAUGCCCUGCCAGGCUACGUCAUGGGAGGACUUAGCUGGUUUGCCAUUCCCUGGCUUGCUGCAACCACUAUGGGUUUAUCCUGUCUAGCUCUCGAGACCAGCCCUGUCUUUCCUACCUACCCAUCAAGGAUGGCUGACGCAGACGUCUCCGCCGGGCUCGUCCUACCAAACGCAGCAGUCGCACUACUGGGAAAGGGCGGUGCUGCGGCGACGCUUUUGCUGAUAUUCAUGGCUGUCACUUCCGCCAGCUCUGCUGAAUACAUUGCUGUGAGCUCUAUCUUCACGUACGAUAUUUAUCAAGCGUAUUACAAUCCCAAGGCAAGCGGCAAGAUGUUGAUAAACAUGGCCCACUCAUUUGUUGUGAUCUAUGCUGUCCUGCUCGCUGGGUUCUCGACUGGACUUUAUUACAUCGGUAUAUCUCUUGGUUACUUGUAUUUGCUGAUGGGCGUGAUCAUCUCCUCAGCGGUCCUACCAGCCACCCUUAGCCUCAUGUGGAAACAACAGAAUCUGGCUGCUGCCGCACUCUCACCGAUCCUCGGUCUGAUCUGUUCACUCAUUGCCUGGUUAGUGACAGCCAAAAGGGAGUCGGGUGACCUCAGUGUCAAAAGCACCGGCGCUAAUAAUCCCAUGCUUGCGGGUAACGUUGUCGCCCUUCUUUCUCCAAUGGUGUUCGUUCCAAUUCUCACCUAUACCUUCGGCCCCCAGAACUACGACUACAAAUCAAUGGCUGCCAUUCGCUUGGGUAACGACGAGGACAUCGCAUCCGCUGCUCACACUGAUCUUGAGCUGAUACCGGGUGGAGGGAACGCUUCAACCGAGCAGGCUGAGGCUGAAAGGCGACAUCUCGACCGUUCAGCAGUCAUCGCAAAGUCGCUUACCGCUUUUAUGACCGUCUCUUUGCUCGUAUUAUGGCCGAUGCCAAUGUAUGGAUCUAGCUACGUCUUUAGUAAAAAGUUCUUCACUGGGUGGGUCGUUGUAGGCAUCCUUUGGCUCUUCUGCUCGUUGUUCAUGGUCGGAUUGUUUCCCCUAUGGGAAGGCAGGCACAGCAUGGCGAAUACAUUCAAAGGUAUUGCAAAGGAUCUAAGUGGCAAAGGAGGCGGAGCGAAACUAAGAGGGCGAGUGCUGGAGGGUCGGGAGGGGAGCGCAAGUGGUUCUGAUGCAGGUGUUGAAAAACAGGCCGAGACAAUGGGAGAAAAGACAGAAAACAUGGGCUAUGUGUUUACUCUCUCUCUCUUCGUCACACCAGAGAGUUUCUUCCUCCGUCAGUCCUCCAGUGACAUGGGUGACAAAUUGCUUUCCCAACAAUCUUCUCGUAUUUUCAUCAAAAACCUCCCCUCAUCUUUAUCGCUCGACAAAUUUCAACAACAUUUCUCGCAAGAAGCUCCACUCACGGAUGCUAGGCUGAUCGCUGAUAGAAGGAUUGGCUAUGUCGGAUACAAAACCAAGGAAGAUGCCGCAAAGGCUGUUGAACACUUCAACCGAUCCUUCAUUGGCAUGGCGAGAUUGACGGUCGAGCUUGCCAGACCUGUCGAGUCAUAUGAGGGAAGGCCAGCCAAAAGAUGUAAAGUGGAACCCUCUGAAAAUCGAAGGUGGAAAUCAGGGAGGAAAGUGGACUACGAGUCCAAUGAUUUGGAGUCAGAUAUUACAAAGAGGUCUGUAGGGCAAGAAUCACUGGCUAUCAAUACCAAAUGGGGGGAAUUCUUAGAGGUUAUGCAACCACCCUCGAAAUCAAAGCUAUGGCGAAAUCAGGAGUCGAGUGAGAAAGCUGAAGGAGAUCCCUCUAUGCGGAAAACCGCAUUCUUUGAGGCGCCAUGUGAGGAAGAGUACGAGGCUUUGCCACAUACAAAGGUGGAAAAUCGAGAGGGGGACCGCACCACAAUCAAGAAACUACCCUGUCUAAUCCAAUUACCACACCACGACCUUGAUGUGUCUCGCGAUAACAGUCAUUCAUUAGAGAAAGCUGAAGAGGACGUAGUGGACCUUCUACCUGCCUCUUCCGAUGCCGAUUGGCUGCGGUCAAGAACAAGCAGACUACUUGGGCUUGUAGAUGACGAUGAUGCAAUGCCCGAGAUUUUGAGUGAAGAUGUUGAAUAUUUGGACAAAGGGAAAGUACGUCAAUCAACAAGAACUAAACCCCAUCUAAAGAGUGAAACAACUUCGGUAGAGAUUGGAGAGUCCCAAAUCCAAAGGGAGAUCCAUCCGCCAGAGCAGGUCGCAUCUCUCAUACCCGAGAGCCUGGCCGAGGGCAGACUUUUUGUACGGAAUCUUACCUACUCGGUCACUCAGGAUGAGCUCCAGACACAUUUUGAAAGGCUUGGCUAUGGAUCCCCCAGAGAGGACGAAGUUCGUAGUAGAUGCUUCCAUGUUCUGAGCGGGCUAUUAUACGCCUACAUUGGUUUGGUUCAUAUACCAAAAGAUUUAGACUCUGGUAACAAUAAGGGUUUUGCGUAUGUACAAUUCUCAAGCCCGGAAGCAGCGUUUCGUGCGCUACAGGUUCUUGACCAGCAGCCAUUCCAGGGCCGGUUACUCCACUUACUGCCAAGCGAGGCAAAGAGGCAAAGCGGGCUGGACGAAUUCGAAAUCUCAAAGCUACCGCUCAAGAAGCAGCAUCAGAUUAAGCGCAGAAGAGAAGCCGCUUCCUCCACAUUCAAUUGGAACUUCCUGUUCAUGAACCCUGACGCGGUCAUCUCUUCCGUCUCCGACAGACUUCAAACCCCGAAGUCUGAGGUGCUAGAUCCGACCUCAUCCAACGCUGCGGUGAAACAAGCACUCGCAGAGACGCAUGUCAUACAGGAAACCAAAUUAUACUUUACAUCACAGGGUAUCAAUCUGGACGCUUUCAAGAACACCCAACGAGGCAACAACGCAAUUCUAGUGAAAAAUUUUGCUUACGGCACAAAACCCGAGGAACUCACCAAGCUUUUCGAGACUUACGGGACUGUGACAAAAAUGCUGAUGCCCCCUUCUGGAACAAUUGCCAUUGUUGAAUUUGAUCACCCUGUUCACGCAAAUGAAGCUUUCAGCAACCUUGCUUACCGGAGAUUUAAGGAUUCUCUCCUUUUUUUGGAGAAAGCCCCAAAGGAUCUGUUCCGUGCCGUUGCACAAUCUUCCUCAACGAUAGAUGAUGUCAAAAAGGCAACAACAUCCGCAAAUGACCUCUUACAGUCGAACACACAGGAAGCUCUGGAGUCUUCAACUCUAUUUGUCAAAAAUCUCAGCUUCACAACUACUAACGAACGUCUACAUGAGGCCUUCGCCCCCCUCGAGGGCUUCAGAUCUGCCAAAGUCAAGACCAGAACAGACCCUAAAAAACCUGGGCAGUCUCUCAGUAUGGGCUUUGGUUUCCUAGAGUUUAGCUCUGUUCAAGAAGCGGAAGCAGCGAUGGCUGCAAUGAACGGCUAUAAGCUCGAUCAUCACGAAUUGUUUCUCCGGGGUUCACAUCGAGGAGUGGACGCUGGUCAAGAACGUCGAAAAUUGGACCAGGCCAAAAGAUUGGCCAAUCGCAAGACCAAAAUCAUCAUCAAAAACCUGCCUUUUGAAGCUUCAAAAGACGAUGUCCGCUCGCUAUUUGGAGCAUAUGGUCAACUUCGGUCAGUCCGCAUGCCAAAAAGACAUGACAACUCGACUCGAGGCUUUGCAUUUGCAGAUUACAUAACGGCCACAGAGGCCGAAGGUGCCAUGGAAGCUCUCCAGAACACCCAUAUACUAGGCAGAAGACUUGUACUCGAGUUUGUGGCGGAAGACUCUAGUGAUCCUGAAGCUGAGCUCCAAAGGAUGCAGCAGAAAGUCAGCAGAAAGAGCAAUCAAGUUGCGGUGCAGAAACUCAUUGCGGGAUCGGCCCGAAGAAGCAAGAAGAUGGUUUUGGAAGGGGUUGAAGGAGUCUCUGAUCCCUUGGUCAGUGCGUAG